CGUUGCGCGAAGGCGAUUGGUCUGUAAUGAAUUACACUUAUUCUAUCUUGUUACAUACUAACUUUUCGUAGGAUCCUUCUUGACGAGGUUAAUUUGGCUAGUGCAGAGACUCUUGAGUGCAUCGCUGGUCUGCUUCGUAACCCGACUGCCUCUAUCACUCUGACCGAACAAGGAUCACUGGAGCCGGUACCUCGUCAUCCCAACUUCCGCCUCUUUGCGUGCAUGAACCCCGCUACUGAUGUUGGCAAGAAAGAUCUUCCCCCUAAUAUCCGCUCUCGGUUUACCGAAAUCGAUGUACCACCUCCUGAUGCGGAUCGCGAAACACUGCUCAGUAUUGUUGCACAAUAUAUUGGCCCCAGUGCAGUCAGCGACAAAGCUUCCAUCAUGGACGUUUGCGAAUUCUACAUCGCAGUCAAAGACUUGGCUGAAACUCGCCAGAUUGCAGAUGGAGCCAACCAUCGUCCUCACUUUAGUAUGCGUACACUUGCUCGCGCAUUGACUUUUGCAUCCGACAUUGCAAGCACCUACGGACUUCGGAGAGCUCUGUGGGAAGGGUGCCUCAUGGCAUUCACCAUGGUUCUCGAUAUACCAAGUUCCGAGAAAGUCGUUGCUUUGGCUCAAAAGCAUCUGUUAGCUGGAGUAAAAAAUGUCCGUUCUGCAUUAGCCAAGGAACCUACUUUGCCUCCAUCUUGUGCACCAGAGAACUUUGUCAAGCUGGGCCCUUUCUUCUUGGAACAUGGACCUCUACCUCUAGAUCCUGCCGACGACUAUAUUUUGACACCGUCAGUAGAGAGGAAACUAAUCGAUCUUGCUCGAAUCAUUCUCACUCGACGCUUCCCUGUCCUCAUUGAGGGACCUACUUCCAGUGGGAAAACUAGUUCAGUAGAAUACCUCGCUAAAAGAACAGGACAUCGGUUCAUUCGUAUCAACAACCACGAACACACCGAUAUACAAGAAUACAUUGGUUCCUACGUUCCGCACCCCGUCACCGGAGAACUGGUAUUCACUGAUGGUUUGCUCGUCCGUGCCUUACGAAGUGGCGACUGGAUCGUACUUGACGAGCUCAACCUUGCCCCAACGGAUGUCCUUGAAGCUUUGAAUAGACUGCUCGAUGACAAUCGGGAGUUGGUUAUACCGGAGACAGGAGAAAUUGUCAGACCCCACCCACAUUUCGUGCUGUUCGCUACGCAAAAUCCAUCAGGCCUAUACGCAGGAAGGAAGGUGCUGUCUCGUGCGUUCCGCAAUCGUUUUCUGGAAGUUCACUUCGAAGACGUCCCUGAAGCUGAGCUGGAGAUUAUUCUUUGCCAGCGAUGUAUGAUCGCACCUUCGUACGGGAAGAAGAUUGUCGCAGUAUUUCGCGAAUUGCAGAAACGAAGGCAAACUGAUCGUGUUUUUGAAAGCAAGCAGGGCUUUGCCACACUUCGAGAUCUGUUCCGUUGGGCCGGUAGAGACGCCGUUGGCUAUCAGGAACUAGCCGAAAAUGGUUACAUGCUCCUAGCAGAGCGUGCUCGCAGAGAUGAAGACAAAAUUGUCGUCAAAGAGGUCAUAGAAUCCACUAUGGGAGUUAAAAUCAAUGAACGGAUGCUGUACGAUUUCCAGAGUCGCGGGCCAGAGUUUGCUCAGUUUCUCGAUUGUGAUCCUUCAGGUGCAUCUCUCAUUUGGACCAAAGCUAUGCAGAGACUUUUUGUCCUUGUCGCUCGUGCUCUUCGUUUCAAUGAGCCGGUCCUCCUCGUCGGCGAGACUGGGUCAGGGAAGACCUCUGUUUGUCAGGUGUAUGCGGACAUUACAUCUAGAAGGCUUCAUGGCCUCAACUGUCAUCAGAACACGGAGACGGCAGAUCUCAUUGGUGGUUUGCGUCCCAUACGAAAUCGUGCUUCAUUAGAAGCUGAGGCUUUACAGAAAGCAGGAGUACUAUCAUCUAAGAUAGGCUCAGAACUGGACUCUCACGAUGUAGCGACUUUGCAAUCACAAUUAGAUAUGCUCCUCAAAUCUACUACUCUAACUUCUCCUACUCGCGACGCCCUAGAGGAGCUUCAAAGUAAGAUUCUCAAAUCCAAGGCAAUCUUUGAGUGGCAUGAUGGUCCUCUGAUUGAGGCCAUGCGUAACGGAGAUGUCUUCUUGUUGGACGAGAUUUCUCUUGCUGACGAUUCCGUACUGGAACGUCUCAAUAGCGUCCUCGAACCAUCACGCACUCUUGUGUUAGCUGAAAAAGCAGCUGAUCAUCUUCACCAUCAUCCGUCUCUUGUUGCACACGAAUCUUUCAAGCUCGUGGCUACAAUGAAUCCCGGUGGUGAUUACGGGAAGAAGGAAUUGUCUCCUGCACUUCGUAAUCGGUUCACCGAAAUAUGGGUCCCAUCCAUCGAUGAUCCCGCUGAUCUACAUAUGAUUAUAAGUUGUUGGUGGAAACAUAAAAGUUUGCAACGAUAUACGACCGCAGUCCUGGAUUUCGUGGGAUGGCUUUCUCAAAAUGCCGGAGAUACUUCGUUCUUGAAUCUCAGGGAUAUACUGGCCUGGGUAUCAUUUUCGAAUGUGAUGUGUGAAGGAGGAUUAAGGAGGAUGCCUACAGAGGAAAUUUUCCACCAUGCUGCCCAUAUGACUUACCUAGAUGGUCUUGAGUCGACCCCGUCACUUUCCUCCUUAUCAGAAACAUCACUGCGACAAAUGAAGCUAGCCGCUGUUGCUCGUCUGAAUGAACUUGUUCCUUGUCCCACUUCCGAUCCGUUCAUACCUCAACAUGAUCCGUCCAUCUCCUACCUAUUAGGAUCCUUUGUUAUUCCGAGAGGGUCCAAGCUGGUGCAGCAUCAUACGUUUAGCUUUCAGGUGCCUACCACUCAGGCAAAUGCUAUGCGUGUCGUUAGGGCUUGUCAGCUCGCUAAACCAAUCCUAUUGGAAGGUAGCCCUGGCGUUGGGAAAACUAGCUUGAUCACUGCGUUGGCACAAGUCUCAGGCCACGAGCUUUGUCGUAUAAACUUGUCUGAUCAAACUGAUCUAAUUGACCUGUUUGGCUCCGACCUUCCUGUUGAUGGUGGCAAGGCUGGAGAGUUUGCUUGGAAAGAUGGUGAGUUUUUGAGGGCUCUACAGGAAGGAUGGUGGGUCCUCUUGGAUGAAAUGAAUCUUGCCCCCCAGGCUGUUCUUGAAGGGCUCAAUGCCGUCCUCGACCACAGAGGCUCUGUCUACAUUCCGGAGCUAGGUAGAACAUUCAUCAAACACCCGGCUUUUCGGAUCUUUGCAGCUCAAAAUCCUCUUAGUCAAGGAGGGGGUCGUAAGGGUCUACCCAAGUCUUUUGUGAACAGAUUUACAAAAGUCUAUGUUGAUCAGUUAUUACCAUCUGAUUUGCGUUUGGUAUGCCAAUAUUUGCAUCCCGAAGUCGACACUAAACUCCUUGAACCUAUGAUCGCCUUCAAUAGCUCUUUACAUCAUAUGGUUUCCAUUGAGCGCUCUUUGGGGAAAGAAGGAGCACCAUGGGAAUUCAACCUGCGGGACGUUCUUCGUUGGAUCGAACUCCUUAAGCGCCCGUCGGAACGGCAACUUCUCCCAGUUGACCAUGUCCGGACUGUUUACUCUCAUCGUUUUCGUACCUCGAGCGAUCGUCAUUUGGCGCUAGCGUUAUUCGAGCGCACCUUCGGCUGUUCUUUCGACUAUUCCCGCAAUCCUGUAUGGACGAUCUCCAGUUCUACAAUAACUGUAGGUCAAUUUCGCAGCGAACGACACAAUUCAUCUACACCUGCCCGCCCUAAGCGUCUACUCAAAUCGCAACUUUCUGCUUUAGAGGCUUUAGGCUGCGCUAUUUCGAAUUCGAAACUCUCUAUUGUUACUGGCGCUCGAGAUUCUGGAAAGACAGCCGUGGUGGAGACACUAGCAGUCUUGACUGGCAACGUAUUGCACAAAGUGCACAUCAAUAACACCACUGAUGCGAUGGAUCUACUGGGUGGGUUCGAACAGGUAGACUUGCAAACCCGCUUCAAGGAGAUCGCCUUCACUGCUAUCGCUGCCGUUGAACAACAAUUGCGAGUCCAGGCGGACUCUAACAUCGAUAUAGAAGCCUAUCUUUCCUUAAGAAGGGCAGUCACAGACACAUCUCUUGAGGAAUCUAGAGCUAUUCAGGAAAUCAUAUCCAGGCUGUCCAAGGGAUCAUUUAGUGCUGCUGUCUUUGCUCAGCUAUCCCUGGCACAAACUCAGAUCAAGGAAGUCUUGUCGUCUGAGCAAGAUCGCCGUGCUGGACGUUUUGAGUGGAUUGAUGGAGCUCUUGUUCGAGCACUUAAAGCUGGCCAUUGGCUUCUACUGGACGGUGCUAACCUUUGCAAUCCAUCUGUCCUUGAUCGGCUCAAUUCCCUGUGCGAAACUGACGGAUUUUUGACCUUGAGUGAGCAGGGCUUCAUUGAAGGUAAAAUACAGACAUUGAAGCCGCAUCCUAACUUCCGACUAUUUAUGACGGUGGAUCCUCAAUACGGUGAACUAUCGAGGGCCAUGCGGAACCGAGGAAUCGAGAUAGCCUUGAUCUCAUCUCCACCUAUAGACGACACAAUCCUCCUCCGUGACCAUCAUCGACUCCCUACGCUUUCCGACGAUGUUUCCCCCCUGGUCUUCGCUGCUAUGCGUCUCGGCGCGCGCCAAGGUGGAGGCCAAUAUUCGAAGCAUAGAAUACCAUCUGGCCGUGCCCUCGACCAAGAUUCCAUGUUAUGUCAUCUGCUCGAUGUUGCACCUAGUCUUUCGAAUAGAUCUGACAACGAGAAUGCUUUGUAUCAUUUCGUUUCACGUUGUAUAACCCCAACAGCAGUCCCUAUCUUGCACCGUUUCCUUCACACACAGCCAGACAACGACUCGACUCCCCACAGUUAUGAUCUCAUUUCCCAAGAAAUUCUUCCAAUCGCAGUACAAACUCUUUCACGCCUUCGAGAUCAAUAUGGUACUGAGGAGAUGUUGACUAUUCCUCAUAUGUUGGCGAUGCCCAUAGAUUUCUUCCUCGGAAUUCAAUCCCCCGUUUCUGAUCCUGGGUUCGCCCAUCAAACUGCACUCAACAUCCUGAGAUUAGUAGUCGGUGUUGUUCUAAGCAAGCCAUCCAGACCUGCUCCCGAUAAAUCCUUUGCUUCCUCUGAUAAGCGUAUGCAACGGACGAUGGUAGCCAUCGACAAUUUAUUGAAAGAGGCCUACGGCGCUGGCACUUUGAGUUUGGAGUUGGUUUCCAGUCUUGAUUCGCAGACGUUACCUCUGAUGUGCGAGCUCAUAGACCAUACACAGUAUUUGAGCGAGAUCGUGUCACGACGGGUGCUCGAUUAUUCGGCCUUGCAAUCCCUGGCUGAGCAAGUCAUCAUUGUUUCCGAAAAGCUUCCUGUUGCUUUUGAUACUUUGAAAGGCCGUUCGAUGGAUUUGAAGGAGGUUACGAUGCUAUCUUCGGGUUUGGGCAUCAACCAAAUCUGGUCGACUCUCCAGGACAAUACGUUUGCAACACCGGAAAUUCUGCGUCUCGAGGGACUCGCCGUUCAAAUCGACGGCCCACCUAACCUCCGAAAACAGGUGCUGAACUUGAUGGCAAUGGCUUCUAUCUCUCGUUCGUCGCAGCAUGACAUAGAAACUCGUAGGAUCACCGAAGCCUUGGAACUUCGUGUUCGAGCUCAAAAGGUGACCCAUACCAAUGAUGAUAUCGGUGCUCUGAAGGUCUCUCAUCUUGUAACAAGACUCACAAUAUUGUCGAUGGGGUCGAGCCUGAGCGAGGCUGCCAAAAGAACGCUCGCCAAUCUUAUCUCUCAAGCCUGUAAUCAACCUUCUGCAAAGUUGGCGCACCUGUGGACUUACCAACAAUCAUUGUGGCUGGUUGACGCUUUCCAAGAUAGCGCGGAACAGCUCUACAACGCUCAGACAACUUCGCUACUCACGUCGUGGAUGAAGGAUGUAUGGGAUCUGGAGGAGGUUGGUCCCGCUGUUUUGUUCGGACCGGCCCAGCUUCAAUCUGUGCUAUCUGUGUGUGACUGGAACACAACACCCAUGGCGAAGCUAUCUGAAUAUGAGACUAAUUUGUAUUCACAAGCCCAGCUUGCGCUUUUGAACACGGAACAAGUUCUAUCAAGGCCCGAACAGCUUGCGGUUAUCUUAAAGCGAUCUAUUCUGAAGAUCGCAUCCUGCUUUCUCGCUGCCGAUGACCUUUCCAAAAGAGACACACUCCCCGUCACAUUUGGGCAAGGCGUUGAUUCACCAGCACUAAUCUUGCCUGAGCUUGAGAGCGCCCUCGCCCACUCUGUACCUUUCAGACGAGCAGUUGAAACCUACCUACAACCAGUGUUCACCUCCUCUGAACAUCCGGCUGAAGAUUAUGUGGAAUAUGUCACUAGAUUGGGAUUGUGUUGGAUUAGUGCAGGAAAAUUACUCUUGGAUCUUUUCAUUCCAGAUGCGCCGAUAGACCCUGCCGCAGUUCAGAACCACAUUUUCGAGUUUUGGUCACAACGUGCAGCCUCCCUUACUAAAGAGUACGACCUUCAUUCCGAACUCGAACAGUCGAUAACUGGAAAUAUAGAGAAUGGCGUCACUGCAUACCUUCGGACUUCGUUGGAUGCUGCACAAGAACAUCUCGCCAAUAGACCAACUGCAGUAUUCUCUCGUGAUGUGACUAGGUUACAUAUGCUCUGGUCGGAGGUACUGCAAUUCCAAGAGCAUAUCCUCAGUCCUACAAAGCUCGACGCCUUAAUCUCUGAUCUCAAAACUGGCGAUCGAUCCGCUGAUCUCAGGGAGCAGGUCAUCCAAAGAUCCAUUGUUGGAUUUAUGCAGCGCGUGCAAACGGUUUACGCAGAAUUCGACGACAUCAUAUUCCCUAUAUACUACGCCAUUCUCCAUUUACAAACGGGCCUCAGAAUCUUGAAGCAAGGCUCUAUCCUCAACCCUGUCACUGAGUCUGCCGUUACAGCUCUUACUGGAUUUCCAGCCAUCCGAUCUGCACAGGCUUCUGUCGUACCGCAGAACAUCGGUGUAGUGCCUGGCUUGCAGGUCUUUCAACGUUUGUUGAUAAGCAUGGCGGCGAUUUCGCUAGAGAGGACUUCUGGCGUUGAGAUAAAGUGCCAUAUGUCAUUGAUCGAAAACACGUACGAACAAGCUUCCCGUCUUUGGCACAUCGAUCAGAGCAAGGAGGAAGAGUACCAAAAAGCUUCUGAAUCCCUUUAUCGGCAAAAUCACACUGUUCAUGCGAUGGAGAGUGAUGCAGAGAUUGAAGAAAGAGAGUUUGCAGAACUCUUCCCAUCCUUCGAAAAUGUUCUAUCUGAUGAUGCACCAUCCUCUGGCAACCUCAACAUGUCUUCCCCAACACACCAAAUUUCGGAGACAGACAUCAAGCAUUUUGUACACUUGCAUAAUGUCCUUUUCUCUGGAGAAGGUUUCACCGCAAGCUCGUAUCGCGCAGUCCAGCUUACCAACCUCCCUGCCCUUUUAACAUCAAUGAACAUGUUCACAGACACUCUCGAUUAUAAUGCGCUACCUCUGUGCAUAUCGCUUCUCGCCGAACGAAUAGAAGAGACGGGUGAACCUUCCAAGCCACGAGCGAUCUAUAAUUUCUAUGCCGAUGCUAACAUACACGAGACCCGCAAAGCCAUAAAAGUCUUAACAAAGACGAAGGAGCGUCUCCAUACUCUUAUCGAGGAAUGGCCGGAUCAAAUGGUUCUUCGGCAUCUCAAAGAACGCUGUGACGUCAUUCUAGCAUUGGAUCUGCGAAGCCCCGUUGCCAAAGUCCUUGCAGCACUAGAGCAGCUAUUGUUUCAUACUGAGGACUGGGAAGUCUAUGCCAACAAAGAAAACAGCCUACGUGACUCCCGUUCUGAGUUAAUCGAGCUCAUCGUCGAAUGGAGGCGUCUGGAAUUGAACUGCUGGCAAAUCUUAUUUGCGGCCGAAACAAAAACAUUUGAAGACGGCGUCUUGCCUUGGUGGUUCCGCCUCUACGAUGCUAUCAUCAGAGGACCUCUAGAUGUUCUUGAAAAUGCGAUCGGCAGUACUACCGAGCUCUCAGCCUAUCUGGAUGAUCUUUUACCUCUACUCGACGACUUCAUUCGUGGUUCAUCUAUUGGUCAGUUCCGCGUUCGGCUACAAUUACUCAAAUCAUUUGGAGAUCUCUGUUACCACCUGAAAACUAUUCAUUCUGGUCUGAAAGCCGAAACUCUAGAGCGUAUACUGCGUAUUGUCAACGCCACAGUGGGCUACUUUAUGGCAUUCUCCAGCAGCGUCGCUGCGGAACUUUCUACAGGACGAGCAACUCUUGAAGUAGAGAUACGAAACCUGAUCAAAUUGGCCAGUUGGAAAGAUGUGAAUGUGCACGCCUUAAAGCAGAGCGCUCAAAGAACACAUCGUCAACUCUACAAGCUCAUCAGGAAAUAUCGUGAACUGCUCCGCCAACCAGUCUCAAGUCGUCUUGAAAAUUUCUCAAAGUCGUCGAAAGAUGAGGAUUCUGUGCAUGAGCAUCGCCAGUUGGGAAUAGUCAAGGCUCCCGAUCCAACCUUCCCUGGUACCAUUUCCGAUAUUUCUGCACCUACACACCUCGUAAAUCUAGGACGUACGUAUCGCCGCUUGGAACAGCUUAUAAGCAAGAGUAUUGCACCUUUGAUCACAUCCAGAUCAGCUGACGUCGUUGAAGCCUUCGCUGUUGAUAUCAUUGUCACGUCGAAAGAAUUAUCAUCAAUUUCGCUCACCCCAUCACUCUCUGCAGAGCGUCGGGAGAAGCAACAGAAAGCUCUUCUGACAAGGAAGAGAAAAGCAUGGAGCGAUUUGUUGAAAGAACUGAAAAGGGCCGGCUUUGCUGCUCAUGUCAAACCCGACGUUUUACUUCAAAAUCAGAGUACUCGCUGGAUUCGGGAACAACCUUUGCUUAUCGGAACAUCUGAUUUCAACUUUGAAAAGAUUGAAAUGUACUGGAAUCGCCUUAAUGGUCUGUUUCCUUUGUUAAGAGCAAACGUUCAUUUACACCAUGCGGAUUUAUCUACUCGAGAAUUACAACGAGGUGUCACUUUCCUGGAGUCAAUCUUUUCCCUAGCUACAGAAUCAAGGGCUAGGUAUGUCUUAUCGUCUCGAGGAAGUGUCCGUGCUAAAUUUCUCCAGAUUAUCCGAUUCUUUCAGUGGUUAUAUUCAACUUCAACACCAUCUCCGUCGUAUGCGGAGCCUAGCUUCUUCUGACGGUGUCGUUUACUCUGCGAGUGACACUUUGGACAAACUCGCUGCUAUCUUUUCUGUUCUUUGCAGGUUGGAGUGCGCAUUGGCGGAAUUGCAAAGUGCCUUCAAAUCCUUUUUACAUUUAAAUACACCGAUAGUCGAUUCCGUCACGGACAGGAUUCAAGGUCUUUUAUCUUCUUGCGUUGAGGCACGAAGCCGAUUUGAAGGAAUGCUGCAAAACGUACA